ACCUUCCUGCAAAAAGAACUCAAGGGGAGGGGUCGGAGAGAACGUGAACAACCUGGGGAAAGGUGUUUUUUGCGCAGUAUGAGCUUAAAGGUCUAAUUUUAUGGUACAAUAGAAAUCGUAUUUAAUUUUUGAUCGAACAUAAGUUGUUUCCUUGUUACCUUAGCCAUCGUUUUUUAUGAUUUAACGGCUUUCCCCAACUUAGUAGACAGGACUUGGUCUCGUAUGUCUGAAGGAGUUGCAAAUAUGACCGCCAAGGGAAGACUUCACUAAAUGGACUUUGGCCUUUUAUACCGGUUCGUUUCGAUUGUGUGGUGACUUGAAUUGACUUGCUUAUGUCACACGUGUCUAGACGUCAUGUUUUUGCUGAAUAGUCAUUUCGGAGUCAGAUGAGAAGAUCAGCUGACCUUACAGUCACGCCAACUUGAGCUGCGGUGUUCUGGAGGUGAGAAAGCAAUUCUGAAGGAAACUGUGGACAAAAAUCGACAAACCCGUGUACUGUUGACUAGACCAAUUGAAGAUCCACACUACAGCGAUGUCUGAUGGCGUGUUUAAGCUCCGUAAGGACGGGAACUUAAGCUCUCUGUGCCCGAACGGGUCCGAGUGGGUUUGGGACGGGCUGGGUGAAUGUGCUCAGGACGCCAGAGACGUGGCCAGUGUUAUUCUCGGCCUGCUGUCUAUAGUUUGCUUCAUGGUGUCCUCAGUACCGCAAUACUACAGUUCCUGCAAGACGGGGAAUAUGGACAGCGCUUUGUCCAUUUGGUUUCUUUUACUGUGGCUGGGGGGUGACUUGUGCAAUCUGGUGGGAUCGUUUUUGGCCGAUCAGCUUCCACUGCAGACGUACACUGCUAUAUACUACGUCUUGGCAGACUUGCUAAUGCUGUCGUUGUACUUGUACUACAAACUAAAGAACAAAGGAGGAAGGAACAGAGAUGGUGCGCUGCUGAAUACGGUCAGUGUGCUGUGUCUUCUGGGAAUCUCCACUUCCAUCCUCAGCUUUUCUCAUUCAGCUGUUGAUGAUCAGAUGCCCAUGGGGUUCAAGGGGCGAGCGUUGCUGGCCAUAGAGGAAAAAAAGAGUUCAGUGCAGCCUUUUACAACAAAGGAAAUUAUAGGCUUCACUAUUGGCUCUGUGUCAUCAGUACUGUAUCUGUGCUCCAGACUGCCACAGAUUUACACCAAUUUACGAAGGAAGUCGACAGAGGGCGUGUCGUUUUUCUUGUUCGCGCUGGUGAUUCUGGGAAACACUACAUAUGGCGUAAGUGUACUGCUGAAGAACCCGGAUCGGGGUCAGGGAGAGACCAGUUACAUCGUGCACCACCUCCCCUGGCUCAUCGGCAGCCUGGGGACGCUGUCACUUGACCUUAUAAUAUCCGUACAGUUUAUGACAUACGGCAAAUCCUCUCAGCAUUCCACAGGUACAGGUGAAGAGACUGCUGCUCUCCUGCGUAACUGAAUCAGAUUGGUGGAGAUGCUUGAUUUUUUUUUUUCGGUCGGGCAUCUCAAGUAUUUGAUUAGUUUUAUUUAUUUCUGGUUUUAUCCAUUGGUUUUAUACCUCCUAGUCGAUGUUCAAAGGUUUUUGUCUGAUGGGAAAAUAUUUGCUUAAAAUGUUUGCACCAAAGGGACUCACUUUUGCUACAUUUGUACUGUACUUUAAUAUGUUUUUUGUAAAGCAUGCAAUCAUGUGAAAUGUGUUUUGUUCUUAAUGGAACUGAAUGCUUUGACGGGUCUAGCAGUCUGUAAGUAUUAGUGGGGAGAAAGAAUUGUAAAAAUAAUCCGACUUCUGUUUACUGUAAUGUUAAUAGGGUGUUAUCAUAUAAAUAUGAUCUUGGCAUUGAUUUUUUUUAAUCUGUAUAUUGUUAGAUGUAUGGCCUGAAAGCAGUAGUUCACCUACAAAAUGACAUUUCAAACCUGUAUGACUUUCUUUCUUCCGCAGAACACAAAAGAAGAUAUUUAGAAAAAUGUUGGUAACCGAACAGCACAGCCCCCCAUUCACUUCUGUUGUGACCAGUUAACAACAUCUUCAAAAUAUCUUCUUUUGUGUUCUGCGGAAUAAAGAAAGUCAUACAGGUUUGAAAUGACAAGAGGGGUGAGUAAUUGAUGACAGAAUGAUCAUUUUGAAGGUGAACUACACCUUUAACUUGAAUCAUAACUGCACCUGUCAGUCAGUUGUAACUUCUUUUAUUGAAGUUCUUUUAUUUUAUUUUCACCUGUUUCCUUGUUCUGUCAUCGCACAACAUUCACUAAAGUUUAUUUUGUGACCAAACGUGUUUGAACCGUUCUGUUUGUUUACUUCAUCGUAUUCUUGAUGACGUUUGGUUUUGAUUUAAAGAAGAGAUGGUUUGCAUUCGGUUGCAUUGGGAAUUGAUCAGUUUACAAAGGGUGGGUGUUUCACACUAAAAUGGAGUCACGUCACGAUGAAUAGUUGCGGAUCUGGGAGAUGUUGAGGAUUCUGUGUUCACUAUUGGCAAGGUUAUAUAAAGACUGCUUUACCUGCCACGACUAGAUUAGGCUAUUGAUGAAAAAUAACCAGUAGUCCAUAGAUGGUGUCAGCAGAA